CUAUAUAUAUUUUCACUGACUAUGACUUAUAUAUAUACUAGUAUAUACGUAGAUUUUAUUUCGUAAUUGAAAACAUACUACGGAAAAAAAAAGAAAAAGGCCAAAUAAAUGUAAAUGAAUAUGUCCAUAUGGAGAAAAUUGAAACGAGGAUGGUAGAAAAAGGACAAGAAGCUCACAUGAACAGAACCAGAUUGUUCAUGGGUCCCCCUCUCACCUCUCUCCUCUCUCCUCCCAACCCAUAUCUCUAUCAAUCUUAUAUUACAUGAGCUCUCUCUCUCUCUCUCUUUCUUUCCUUCUCUCCUUCUCUCCUUCUGUGUUCACGAGAGAUUGAUCCUAACUUGUUUUUCCUUUCUCGGAAUUGAAGAGUUUCUUGCUCCAUAAACAGUAGAGAGAGAAAGCUUCAAAGAGAGAGAUAGAGAGAUCAGAGAGAAUCGUGCUAAUCAGUGAAGUUAGGCAAAAACCCACUUGCCAUUUUUGUAUAAUUAGGUCAAUCUCAUCCACCACCAUACUCAAUUCUCUUCCUUUUUCUCAAUUCUGAAAUUAGGGUUUUUAUCUCUUCCUCUCUCUCUUUAUCCUCUUCUUUCUUGUCUACCUAAAAAAAGAUUGAAGAAGUUUCAUCGAAGUAACUCUCAAAUCGUAUGGUGAGGAAGUCAAAAUCUUGAAAGAUCUGAGAUUGGUUCCACAAAACAAGAAGAUGAAUCAAGAAGAUAAAGAGAAGCCUAUUGAAGAAGCUUCUUCAUCAAUGGAGAGAGAACACAUGUUCGACAAAGUGGUAACACCAAGCGACGUAGGCAAACUAAACCGACUCGUGAUCCCAAAGCAACACGCAGAGAGAUACUUCCCAUUAGAUAACUCCACAACAAACGACAACAACAAAGGUUUGCUUCUAAACUUUGAAGACCGAAGCGGAAACUCAUGGAGGUUUCGUUACUCUUACUGGAACAGUAGUCAAAGCUAUGUCAUGACUAAAGGUUGGAGCCGUUUCGUCAAAGACAAGAAGCUUGAUGCUGGAGACAUCGUUUCUUUCCAGAGAGACUCCGGUAAUAAAGACAAGCUUUACAUCGAUUGGAGGAGACGACCUAAGAUUCCCGAUCAUCAUCAUCAUCAUCAUCAAACUUCUCAUCAGUUCGCCGGAGCUAUGUUCCCUAGGUUUUACACUUUCCCUCAUCCUCAGAUGCCGACAAAUUACGAAAGUCACAACCUUUAUCAUCGAUUUCAUCAACGAGAUCUAGGAAUUGGAUACUAUGUGAGGUCAAUGGAGAGGAGUAAUCCAACGGCUGUGAUUGAAUCUGUGCCGGUGAUGAUGCAAAGGAGAGCACAAGUGGCUUCUAUGGCUUCGAGAGGAGAGAAGAGGUUAAGGCUGUUUGGUGUAGAUAUGGAGUGCGGAGGUGGCGGAGGAGGAGGAGGAAGUGUUAAUAGUACGGAGGAAGAGUCGUCGUCUUCCGGUGGUAGUAUGCCACGUGGCGGCGUUUCUAUGGUUGGUGCUGGUUCUCUCCUCCAGUUGAGGUUAGUGAGCAGUGAUGAUGAGUCUUUAGUAGCAAUGGAAGCUGCAAGUCUUGAGGAUCAUCACUUCUUUACAAAGAAAGGAAAAUCUUCUUUGUCUUUUGAUUUGGAUAGAUGAUGAUUACGAGAUUAAUGACUCUUUAAAUGCAUAUAUAUGAUAAUUUAUACAUAUAUCUAUAUAUAUGACACAAAGAUGUCUUUCAAGAUUUAAUGAUAUUAUCAAGAAAUAACAUGUUUUAAAGA